GCGAAAUGAAUCAAUGUACGCCAUGACCGGCCUGUACUCGGAAGCACAAACUGACGACAGCAGCGCGGACAUUCCUCAGGACACCGAGUCGGAAUCGUUACCGAUGUCGGUGAACACUGCCACGACCACCACAACCUCGGCCACGGCAACCGCCGACACCGUCAUCAAGUGCCACAGCCGGCAACCCUCGAACACCGUCAUGAUGGACCGGGAAAAACCGCUACCGAAUGUCCUGCUCAUCAACGAUGACUACACACGGGACUGUGGCAUCCUCAACUGUCGGCCAUCAGCGGUGCAACACUUCGCUCGGAUCAAGGUGUUUGUCCUGCUGCUCUCAAUCCUAGUGACGCUCCAGCAAGCCCUCAGCUCCGGGUACAUCAACUCAGUGAUAACGACAAUAGAGAAGCGGUUCGAGAUACCGUCCAGCCUGUCCGGGUUGAUAGCGUCGAGUUACGAGAUCGGCAACGUUAUCACGGUCAUCUUCGUCAGCUAUUUAGGCAGUCGGCGCCACAUCCCGGUUUGGAUCGGCAUCGGUGCCGUCAUCAUGGGCAUCGGUUCGCUCGUCUUCAUGGUGCCCCAUUUUACCGGCGAGCCCAACCCGGGCAUAAUGAUCGACAAUAAAACGUCCGACAACAUCUGUCGGUUGGUAUCUGUGCGCGAGCAGGACAUGGGUCUUGGGCGGCUUUCAAACAGCCUCUCGAACCCACCGCUCACGUCGCAUAAUUUAAGAGGAGAUAAUUGCCUAAAGAGCAAAUCGUCCACCUUUGGGCCCGUGAUACUGUUUGUCAUAGCUCAAAUUCUGCUGGGAGGAGGAGGAAGCCCGCUGUUUACCCUCGGCACCACCUACGUGGAUGACCACGUCCGGAAGGAAAGCUCCUCGAUGUAUAUCGGUGCUAUGUACAGCAUGGCCGCCUUCGGUCCCGUUCUUGGCUUCCUGCUCGGUGCCUAUCUGCUGUCUUUCCACAUGGACUCAUUUUCCGGCAGCGAUAUCAAUAUCGACCCGGACGAUCGCCGAUGGGUUGGCAUGUGGUGGGGUGGCUUCUUGGUGUGCGGAAUCCUGCUCAUCAUCGUGGCCGUGCCGUUUUUCUCCUUCCCGAAGGUUCUUACGCGCGAGAAGAAGAAAAUACGCAUUGCCGAGCAACGGCUCCCCCAACUGCAGCAAUUAACGUCCCACAAUUCGAGCAGCCUGCCCCGAUCGCAGCCGAAUCUGGCCCAGCAGCAAACGGGAGGCACCUUGCAACAUCAUCAGCAACAGCAGCAAUCACAACAACAGCUACAACAAGCGGGUCAAACAACCAAUAACGCGCCACAGGCUAGCAAAGGUGGCGAGGACACCGGAUACGGAAAGGACAUUAAAGAUAUUCCCCAGUCGAUGUGGCGCCUGGUAACGAAUCCGGUGUACAUUUGCACCUGUCUCGGUGCUUGCAUGGAACUGAUGAUUGUGUCCGGGUUCGUGGUAUUCCUGCCCAAGUAUCUCGAGACGCAGUUCAGUCUUGGCAAAAGCCAAGCGAGCGUUUUUACCGGUUCCAUCGCGGUUCCCGGCGCCUGCAUUGGCAUCUUCAUCGGCGGGUGCAUUCUGAAGCGCUUCCAGCUAAAACCCAAGGGUGCGGUCCAGUUCGUCCUGAUAUCGAACUUGAUCUGCCUGUCGUGCUACGGGUUGCUGUUUUUCCUCGGCUGCGAAAACCUCAAGAUGGCCGGCACGACGAUACCGUACUACAACAGUUCCGCCCACAACGUCGAACCGUUUCAGGUGAACCUGACGGCCGCCUGUAACUUUGGCUGCGAAUGCCACAUGUAUGACGUCGAGCCGGUUUGCGGCAAUAAUGGGUUGACCUACUUUAGUCCUUGCCACGCAGGCUGCACAGCAUUUUCAUCCAGCUCAAACUACACGAAUUGUGCAUGUGUACAAGCGAAUGUCACCAAUAAUAGUGUGUACCGUGGGGCAGAAGGUGCUCAUGCGGAAGCUUUAAAUGCACAUGAAGCAUUCGCUGAGGUCACUGUGGUACCUGUGGCCACGGCAGGUGUCUGCAACACACCCUGCCGAACGAUCUAUCCUUUCUUGAUACUGCUGUUCUUCAUGACGUUCGUCGUGGCUUCCACACAAAUGCCGUUGCUCAUGAUAGUGUUAAGAUCUGUCUCCGAAGAGGAACGGUCGUUCGCCCUCGGCAUGCAAUUCGUCAUAUUCCGUCUGUUUGGCUACAUCCCAGCGCCGAUUGUGUUUGGCAACCUGAUCGACUCGUCCUGCUUGCUGUGGAAAUCCACCUGCGGCGAAAAGGGAGGACGAUGUUUGAUUUACGAUAUUGAAAAAUUCCGAUAUAAAUACGUUGGACUAUGCGCGUCAAUUAAAAUCAUUGCCUUGGUUAUCUUUAUCAUCGACUGGUGGCUUGUGAGACGGCGGAAAAAUCUGGACAAGCUAAACCCUAUGUCGACGAACGAGCUCGUUGGGUCGAUCAUAAGUUUAGAUAAACUGUUUGAGGAAAAAGCGGCUAUGGAUGAAAAUACGGCCGUUCCGUUCAACGGAGAAUGCAUUUCCGGAGACGCCCUGGCAGAAAAUAAUAAACGAAUAUUGAUUGCUGGCCGCCAUCAACGGAACGAUUCCAAAACAAUCCAGUUGGAGUACAGGUACGACGACGGCAGCCAGCCUUAUCGCUUACCUCCUCCAGCAGCUGCAACGCGUAAGCAUUUCCGCAGCAAUUCCUGUGAUAUCAAGAUUCAACGUAGCAACUCGGCCACGAACCGGGAGGUUGACUUCCACGACUGGAAGCUAAAGCGCUUCAUGCGGCACCACACUCGCAACAACUCUCAUGACUACAACAACGAUCUACACCGCCAUCAGCAGCAAUUCGGUGGCGGCGGAACAUCGUCGUCCUCUUCUGGCCACCUCGGUCGGUGGAUUGCUCUGCAGCAACAGCAUAACACAGCUGAUCAGCAGCAGCCCGCCUCGCUGACGUCAGGUGGAGCAAGUAACAUCCGAUACAUCCUGAAUCAUCUGAAACCGGGCUCGAACAGUGGUCCAGAACACGUGAAACUAGGAUAUAGCAGCAGUUGCAGCGGAGGCGGUGGAGGUCCGAUGAAAAAGAAACGCCACACGCGCAACUAUUCUUACGGGCAGGAAUUUUCCUUCCUACCGAAUAAUGUCAUUAUUCGGCUUGAUAACGACAUCGCCAACAAGUUCCUCAGCUCCACCGGAGCAUCUCUCACGGGUGGAGGUUCGUCUCGGAAAAGCUCCUUUUCGCAUGAUGUAGGUGUGCUGAAAAACAAUAAUGUCGGAGUGACCGGAUGCGGUGUGGUCGCUGGAGCUAAGCUUACCAACAUGAAGCAUAGCAGCGAUCUUACCGAGGAGCUGGAGUCCAAGUACGGCAAGGGUCAUUCGCGUACUAGUUCGCGAGAUUUGAACCUGCUUAAUCUUGCCCCUGGCUCGCUGACCGGUGCCCCUGGGCUACCAGAACAAGUUCAACCCGGCAGCAUCUUGGGAGGCAUUAAGUCGCUGAUCGAGGACUCGAACAGCAUUCUGCGCCAUCGGCGUACCAACUCCAAGGAUCUUAAGUACGGCGCAUAUCAACCGUGCGGUGUCACAGAGCCCGCUGUCAUUGGUACCGGUGCGAGUGCGCUCGUGCGCAAGCUAUCCUCAGCCACUGUUGCACUGCCUCCAGUCGAGUCCUUGCACGAAUCGUCCGGUAUCCCUUGCCGAAGCACAUCCGUGCUAGCUCCGUCGUCCUGUCUGUCGACCAUCGCAACCGAUGGCGGAGUCAUCCAGCCAGAAUCUCUGCAGCUGCUACUCGACAAGAACGGUGUGUUACAAGAAGAGGACCCCACCAACUGCUCCUCGCCGUCGGGAUCGUCUUCGUCUUCACCGUCCGCCUGCUCAUCCUCGCCUUGCGCGUCGUCAUCGCACGUUUAG